AUGUCUUACAACUCUGGGAAUCGCAUCACCGGUGAGAUACGAAAAGAAGUUGGAAAUCUUACCAGCUUAGUGAGAUUGGAUCUGGAAACUAACAUGUUAACCGGUGGAAUACCAUCUUCCUUUGGUAAUCUUAAAAGGCUUCAAUUCCUGACAUUGAGUCAGAACCUUCUCAAAGGGACUAUUCCAGAAUCACUUAGCAGUGUCCCAAACUUGAUCAAUCUUCUGUUAGAUUCAAAUGAUCUUAGAGAAAGGAUUCCAGAGCAGUUAUUCAAUGUUACUAAGUACAAGUAUGUAUGUUUCACUAGAAAUAAGUUGAAUUGUGGCGUGGGUUAUCAGCAUCUUUACUUAUCUGAUAAUGCAAAUCAAGCUUACAUUUAUUUCCCUAACCCUCCACCUUCCCACAAGCAACAAGCAACAGGCAGAAAACUAAUUUUCCUUUAA